CACCAAGACUACAGCGAAGCAUACCAGAAGCUAAUGACCGUAAGGACUCAUAGCCAGUUAGCUGAAUAUUAUGACAUGCACAAUGCCUACGUUCAACAACUACAUGCUGCUAACGGAAUGUUAGAACAUUAUUACAGCCAGACACUCCCUAGUUUGUUAGAGGAACUACAGGAAAUUUAUACUGACUUGAGUCAAACAGUGUCUGAAUCCAUCUUCUCAGCUUCGAGUCUUCUCUCAACCAAGGCCAGGGAACAAGCUGACCACUAUGAGAACAUUUGUACCACUAGUCGAGCGGUCAACAGUAAAGCUGAUUUGGCUAAUUUCAUCAGAACUUUAACUCCAGAUAAAGCACCUCCUCCAGUUACCCAUCACCCGUUUACCCAACCUAUUAUAGAAAAUGAGUCUCUUCAAAUGGAAGCAAGUCACGUGCUUCGAGACGAGUUGGUUAUAGACCAACUGUGUCAGAUGUCUUUCCCUUCCAAGCACGAAGCUCUGCGGGAGGAGAUCAGCAAUCUGGAGUCGCAGAUUCGACAACUUCAUGAGUCUCUUGACUCCAUGCAGCGAUUACAGCACAGGUACGAGUACUCUAGAUGAAGAUUGAA